CCUCCUCCCAUCCCCCCAACGAAAACCCAACUCAAAAAUCUCAUCUCCAUUGCUAUAGCUCCAUCGUCCAUCCAAGAAGAAGAUCGAUCAGAAGCUAAGCAAGCUAAGCUAAGCGACUCAUAUUAAUAUACCAAUGGGGAGGUCGCCGUGCUGCGACGGGGAGGCCGGGGUGAAGAAGGGGCCAUGGACGCCGGAGGAGGACAAGCUGCUGGUGGACUACAUCAGCGAGAAAGGCCAUGGGAGCUGGCGCCGCCUGCCCAAGCUCGCCGGGCUCAACCGCUGCGGGAAGAGCUGCCGGCUCCGGUGGACCAACUACCUCCGCCCCGACAUCAAGCGCGGCCGCUUCGACGACGACGAGGAGAAACUCAUCAUCCACCUCCACUCCAUCCUCGGCAACAAGUGGUCGUCGAUCGCGACUAAGCUGCCGGGGAGGACGGACAACGAGAUCAAGAACUACUGGAACACGCACCUCAGGAAGAAGCUCCUCGGCAUGGGGAUCGACCCCGUCACCCACAGGCCUCGCACGGACCUCAGCUUACUCGCCGGCCUCCCGGCCCUCCUCGCCGCCGCGGGAAGCUUCUCCUCCGGCUCCGGCGCCGGCGCCAGUUGGGUCGAGAACAUGAACGCGCUCAGGCUGCAGGCCGACGCCGCCAAGUUCCAGCUGCUGCAGGGCCUCGUGCGCGCGCUCACCACCAACACCUCCGCGGCGGCGGCGCCCAUGGCGGGUAACGGCGGCGGGUCUGGGGUGCAGGAUCACCUCAUGGCCCUCCUCGGCGGCGGCGGCAAUGGCGGGCUCGCCGGCGGCGGUUUUGUUGAGCAGCAGAUGAGCAUGCUGCAGCAGUACGACGGGCUGCUCAGCCUGCCGGCGCUGACCUCGGCCACCUGCAACACCAAUGGCGCCAUGGCGGCGACGAUGCCCGGCGGCCAGCUCGUUGGCGGCGGCGCUGGGAUGUUCGGCGGCAGCGGCGGCGACAGCUUCGGGGCCGGCGACGGGCUGAGCUCGACGGAGCUCGGCGGGGCCAGCGGGAGCAGCAACAUCACGGCAGCAUGCGGCACGACGGCGCCGCCGCCGUUGGUGUGCAAUAAUGGCGGCAGCGGCGGAGGCGGCGAGGAGACGACGCCGGCGUCGAGCCCGAUGUUCUUCGAUGGAUUGGAGAGCUUGAAUUUGGAUGAUCACCUCAACACUGAUGGUGGCUGGAAGGAUUUGCUAGAGCAAAUGUCAUGGUUGAACUCAACUGAGCUGUGAGUAGCUAGAAAGGAAAAUGAAGACUCUAAAUAAUAAGGAAAAAGAAGCGACGACGAUUAAUUGUUGGAUUGGUUGCACAAUUUCGACCCAAGAUGUGAAGUUAAUUAGUUUGUUCAUAGGACAAAGAAAGGUGGUUUGGUCCACUUUUAGUCAUGUACAAAGAAAGGAAAAGGAAAACAUACAUAUAUGUACACACACUCACACCACAAUGUUAGUUUUGUUUAAUUAGUUCUUUUGUUGUUUCCUUUUUGGGACUUUACAAGGAGCAGAUCUAUAUUAUGUGUAAUAAUCAAUUAUAUAUUAGCUCGUGACAUGAAUUUAAAGCACUUUCUUUUUUCUUUCCA